CCUCGGAGAUAACAAUUCCUCGGCUUAUAUGCGCCGUCUGAACGAAUUCCCGACACUGUGACUAAUCACAGAUGCACAACUCACCAAGUACGGAGUCACUCAUGCACCUAUGCAUAUGCACAAGUACUAUGCAGCAUGCAUAGACUUUAUCCGAUCAAGGAUCAAAUCAUCGCUUGCCGGACCUUCCGUCUAACAAUAGGGAGCCGACAGAGACUCAAUCAACAACGGAUGCUUUGAUCAAUAUGCCCAAAUUCUCCCUCUCCACCCUCUUCUCGUAUCUAUUCUAUCUUCUUCCCGUAUACUUCUUUGUUCUCGCUCCGCUCCUCCGCCAAAUCUUCCCUGCAUCCUCCACAGGGAAUUUUCUCGAUCUCGACCUCGACCUCGAUCCCGACGGGAUACAGGCCGACUCGGACCUCACUCUCAACCCGGAGAUCCUCAGUCUGCCGGAUGGGGUCAUUGCGACAUGUCCUCCGGACAAUUACCGGGUUCACCUCUUACAGAGAGACCCAUUGGUGAUAUACAUUGAGGAUUUCCUGUCUGCGGAAGAAUCAGACCACCUCGUGGAUAUAAGUAAUGCAAACUACACACGCUCAACGAUCUACAAUGGCGGAACCGCCACUCAUGAUCCUUCCACACGUCUCUCCGACCGUGCCCUCCUUCCCCGCGACACCACCGUUCGAUGCCUUGAGGCCCGCGCCGCAGCCUUCCAAGGCUGGAAGCCUCACCUCUACAUUGAGCGCAUGUGGGCUCAGCGCUACAACACCUCCGGCCAUUACGUCCAUCACUACGACUGGGUCGGGUCCGCUGCCCGUGGCGGAGAUCGUAUCAGCACAUUCAUGGUAUACUUAGGGGACGACUGCGAGGGCGGGGGCACAAACUUCCCGCGCUUAAAGAUGCCUCGGGCUGCCGCGGCUCUUCGCGAAUGGUGUCGCUUCUUGGAGUGUCCUGCUGAUGCAGCCGCCGCGACUACUCAAGGAAUCACCUUCAAACCAAUCAAAGGCAACGCCAUCUUCUGGGAGAAUCUUCGACCAGAUGGGUCGGGACACCCAGGAACAUGGCAUGCCGCGCUCCCGGUCACCUCUGGGACUAAGAUUGGCUUGAACAUCUGGAGCUGGUAUCAUCCGCCUCAAUCGAGGAAGGGUUAACGGUCCCCGUUUCCAGCCUCUCGUUGGAUUUACGCUUUUGGCUAAUCAUACUCGAGGUGGUGACGAUAGAAAGGUACGGUCUCUCAGUGCAUAUAUACAUAGAUACAGGUAGGUUUAGAAUGUAUACCAUAUAACGCGUGUGAGAUAUGUAUCGAUCAUCAAUCAUAUUCACAAUUAUCAACCUUUAUGGA